UUUUUUAAAACCCGACACACUAAAAAUUUAAUGCAUUCAGUAGUAGUUCAAAUGGCAAAUGGUAAAAUGAAUUCAUUUAAAUGCUUCGUACCACAUUGUGAGAGCAACAAUUUGGACAACCCCGACAAAAUAUUCGUGUAUGUGCCAACCCAGAAGGAAAGAAGAACCGAAUGGGUUAGAAUUGUUUAUAACGACCCCAAAAGGAGUGAAAUACCACUUGGAAGGGCUCUGAGGUGCUGCGAGGACCACUUUGAUAUGGACGAUUUUGAGAAUUAUAAAUUGUUUAGGGAUGUACCAGGGACAAGAUUAAAAAUGAAGGCGUUUGCUGUACCACAUAAAAAUCUUCAUCGAGAAAAUACCAACUCGUUAAACCCCAAUCUCAAGUGCUUCGUACCACAUUGUGAGAGCAACAAUUUGGACAACCCUGACAAAAUAUUCGUGUAUGUGCCAAACAACAAGGAAAGGAGAACCGAAUGGUUUAGAAUUGUUUAUAAUGAACCCAAAAGGAGUGAAAUACCACUUGGAAGAGCUCUGAGGUGCUGCGAGGACCACUUUGAUAUGGACGAUUUUAAGAAUUAUAAAUUGUUUAAGGAUGUACCAGGGACACGAUUAAAAAUGCAGGCGUUUGCUGUACCACAUAAAAAUAUUAAUCGAGAAAAUAACAAUUCGUUAUACGAAAAACCUAUACGUAGAAGGGUCAUCAUCAAACCUUCAGAUAAGUUUGACAUUAACAAUGGUUCCAUAUACAACAACAAAGGUGUACAUAUAAAGAGUGAUGUAGAUCUGUGUGACUGUUUAGAUGAAGCCUGCCUAGGUUGUUUUUUUAACUGUGAAAAAUGCGGCUCCCAAAAAUGCGGAAUUGACUGUAGAUCGUACCGAAAAUUUUUAGUGGAAACAGUAGAGUUUCAGGGCUAUCAAAAGGUACAUAGAAACCCCAUAUCUCUCCUAUGACAUGAAUAUAUUUAUUACUUUAUAAACCAUCUUUUAUUUAUAUUUAAUC